AAAAGGGAAGAAUUUCAAAGUCCGACGUAUUACACCUUUACCUCCUACCACCUUACUCAACAUGGCUGGAAUUAACCCUGGAGACGAGAAACUCAUAUUCGAAUCAUCUGAGGCGGUACCAGUUGUAUCGACGUUUGAUGACCUUGGGUUGAAGGAGGAUUUGUUACGCGGCAUCUAUGCUUACAACUUUGAAAAGCCUUCCGCCAUCCAGCAGCGUGCCAUUCUACCUAUAACCCAGGGCAGGGAUGUCAUUGCACAAGCACAGUCUGGAACCGGAAAAACUGCGACAUUCGCCAUUUCCAUCCUCCAGUCUAUUGACGUAACAGUCCGCGAAACUCAAGCCCUCGUGCUCUCACCCACUCGCGAGUUGGCUACACAGAUCCAAUCUGUUGUUCUUGCGCUUGGCGACUACAUGAACGUGCAAUGUCAUGCUUGCAUUGGCGGUACGUCAAUUGGCGAGGACAUCCGAAAACUAGAAUAUGGUCAACACGUCGUAUCCGGCACUCCUGGACGUGUCUUUGACAUGAUUAGGCGGCGCAGUCUGCGAACUCGGAACAUCAAGAUGCUUGUACUGGACGAGGCCGAUGAGCUGUUGAACAAGGGUUUCAAGGACCAAAUCUACGACGUCUACCGCUACCUCCCCCCUGCAACACAAGUAGUGCUGCUUAGUGCAACCCUACCAUACGAUGUCCUGGAGAUGACGACAAAAUUCAUGACCGACCCUAUCCGUAUCCUUGUCCGACGUGAUGAGUUGACGCUGGAGGGUAUCAAGCAGUUUUUCGUAGCCGUGGAGAAGGAGGACUGGAAGUUCGACACGCUCUGCGAUCUGUACGACACGUUGACAAUAACCCAAGCUGUUAUCUUCUGCAACACAAGACGAAAGGUGGAUUGGUUGACGGAAAAGAUGCGAGCAGCAAACUUCACUGUCUCUUCCAUGCAUGGCGAGAUGGUUCAAAAGGAGCGUGAUGCGAUCAUGGCUGAGUUCCGUAGUGGUACUUCUCGAGUUCUCAUUACCACCGAUGUUUGGGCUCGCGGUAUCGACGUCCAACAGGUAUCGCUCGUGAUUAAUUACGAUCUUCCCGCGAACCGUGAGAAUUACAUCCACCGUAUUGGUCGUUCUGGCCGUUUCGGUCGCAAGGGUGUCGCUAUCAAUUUCGUCACCGUGGAUGAUGUUCGAAUCCUCCGGGAUAUUGAACAAUUCUACGGUACACAAAUUGACGAAAUGCCGGUCAACGCAGCAGAACUCAUUUGAUCGUAUCCAUUCCUGGGCAGUUCCGUCCAUGUACAAUAGUUCUUUCAUUUGUUCUUGUAGUGUUCUUCUAAUCCCGCCGCCCUCUUCAUUGUGCUUUGAAAUAUGUCGAUGCCAUAGUACGAACUUUAUAGGUAGUUAUGCCGUAUGUAUGAUGAAUUGAGUACCUAUUAUACUUGUGUUGGGGGGGUUUUUUUUUUGAAAAACAUUGUCAUUUAUGCUGAUAACGUCGAUUUCGCACUGCAACAUCGACAAUGGUUGGAUGAAAGAGUAGACAACAACAGUUCCUACAGCAUCACAUAAAAGCAAACCAAAUCA